GACAGCUGAGCAUAUCCGCUGGAGGAGCAGACAGACGGACUGCGGGAAGAGUGCAGCCGGGCGCAGGGACAGCUCCAGAACACGCCGCUAAAAUGGGAGUCGAAAUCGAGACCAUAACCCCGGGCGACGGAAGGACUUUCCCCAAAAAAGGCCAGACGUGUGUGGUGCAUUAUGUUGGCUCCCUGACAGACGGACGGAAGUUUGACUCAUCUCGCGACAGGGACAAACCUUUCAGGUUCAAGAUUGGCAAGCAGGAAGUGAUCCGAGGCUGGGAAGAGGGGGUAGUGCAGAUGAGUGUCGGUCAAAGGGCCAAGCUGACCUGCUCACCUGACUACGCUUAUGGAAACAAAGGCCACCCGGGCAUCAUCCCUCCUAACGCCACCCUCAUCUUUGACGUUGAGCUGCUGGGCUUGGAAUGAAACCACUUCACAGUUAAUUUUUUUGUUUGUGUGACUUCCUACCUGGGUGACCUGGAGAGAAGCUAGGAGAGUCUGCACUUGAUUCUAUAAGAGGCUUGAGUCUAUAGUUCCACUACUUAUUUCAUCAAACUAUGACAGUUUGUGCUAUUUUGUCUCUGUAACUGAGUGAAUUAUAUUUUUCCAUCAUAUUCUUCCUCCUAAAAACUAUGGGCCAUAACCUUACAAACCUCCAAGUUCUUAAUCUUGAAUUUUUUUUUGUUUUGCUCAUUACUUUUCUUUUUGUUUCUGAAGUGUUGGUUGUGCAUGGUUAUGCUGAGAAGUACAAAAUACCAAUGAACCACUAGCAGCGACAUUCAUCUCUAAUGAGUCAAUGCGUACUAGUAUUAUAAUGUUUAUGAGCUGGCGCUUGUUAUAUUACAGAAACAAAAAAGUGGAGAAAAGAAAAUGAAAAGCACACAUUUGUAUCCCUGUCCAUCUUAAAAUCAGAACAAAUGAAUUGAGUUUUCUGUGAGAGAGAAAAGACCUCGUGUUCAAUUUAGUGGCUGCCUCUCGUGAAAUGUGAAGUCCUGGGAGCCCUUAAUGGUGCAACACAGGAACUGAGUUUGCCAUAUAAAACGCCUAUUUCUAUAUGCAGUGGUAUCACUGUGUUUUCUUUUUCAUUGAAAUUGUUAAUCAUGUGUGAGCAAGAGAGGGCUAAUUGGCGUAAAGGAGAAGCAAGAGUUGUAGAUAGUUCUGAUGUGUGCCGAAAUAUUCUCACCAGACACAUGGUUACUACCUUGCUCUGUCUGCAUGUUCUAUGCCUGAUGGAAACCCUAGUAUGUAUGUACAUGUUGAAAGCUUUGCAUCCGAUUUGCGUUAUUAUUGCCUUCUCAUCUCGCCGAGUCUUUAAACCCCAUUUAAAGCCAUAGACAGGUUGAACAGUGCGAAGACUGGAUUUUGGUUGGCACACAUCAAUUGGAUUGUUAUUUUUUUCUUAGAAAAGAGUGAAAUGCUUGAAAUUUGCGAAAGGGGUUGAGGAGUCAAUCACAUUGUGACCUUCCCCAACCUUAUUUUGUGUAACAGCUACAGUUGUACAAUCAUGUAUUUUUCAGAUGCCAACUUCUUAUCUCUGAGAAUCAACAAAGCUAAUGUAUGACCUAUGAUAGAUAUUUUUUUUUUUAUUAAUUUUUUUUUUUGCCAGUGUCAGUAAAGUACCACACUGCCUAACUGACGUUGUGUUGUAGUAGAAAAAAUGAUGGCACACAGGCAUCCUAGUGGUUUUGUAUCUCAAAUAAAAAGUUUUAAAUGGAGUUUAAAUGAAGUAAUAUGCUGGCCUGGCUGUCAGAUAUUGACCGUGGCUAUCGAUGUUACAUAUUGGUCGAGCUGCAACUGGCGUGGCAGCAGUCCACCUCUGUACUGUGUAGUUAUUUGCUGAUACGUUACUGUAUGCAGGCUAAACCAAUGAUGACAUAUUUAAAAUAAAAUAAGUG